CUGUCAAACGGGGCGAAUGUCAAAUUUGUUUACAAUCGAUUUACCGCGCGGUUUGCUGUGGCGGAGUGAUUUUUCUGCAAUUUUUACUAGAAAAACGUGUUUUGUGGAGUGUAGAUAAUCUUUAUACUGGUAGGAACAUUGUUCCGCAAACAUUUGUUGUGUGGAUUUGUUGUUUCAGCACGCGCCCGCAAAGCUCCAAGGAUACCGAAACGGGCGAACGUGUGUUUACCGGCAGUAAACACAGGAAAGGAACGCAAUCAGAGUAGUCUUGCUUUUCGCGAACCAGUACAUCCAGCCGUUGCUACAAAAUGAAGAUUGAGGAGGUUAAAAGUACGGUUAAAACCCAGCGCAUUGCCGCCCACAGCCACGUGAAGGGACUGGGGCUGGACGAGAAUGGUGUUCCGCUGCAGAUGGCAUCAGGGCUGGUCGGCCAGAAGGAUGCCCGUGAAGCGGCCGGCGUUGUGGUAGAUCUGAUCAAAUCGAAGAAAAUGUCCGGCAGAGCGUUGCUGCUCGCUGGACCACCCGGCACCGGCAAAACGGCUAUUGCGCUCGCGAUUGCACAGGAGCUCGGCAACAAGGUACCGUUCUGUCCGAUGGUCGGUUCGGAAGUGUUUAGCAGUGAGAUCAAAAAAACGGAAGUGCUGAUGGAAAACUUCCGCCGCUCGAUUGGGCUGCGUAUACGCGAAACGAAGGAAGUGUACGAGGGGGAGGUAACCGAGCUGACACCGGUCGAGACGGAAAACCCGAUGGGUGGGUACGGUAAGACGAUUAGCAACGUGGUGAUCGGGUUGAAGACGGCGAAAGGAACGAAGCAGCUGAAGCUCGACCCGAGCAUCUACGAAACGUUGCAGCGCGAAAAGGUCGAAGUCGGUGACGUCAUUUACAUCGAAGCAAACAGUGGCGCGGUGAAGCGGCAAGGACGCAGCGACAACUUUGCCACCGAGUUCGAUCUGGAGACGGAGGAGUACGUGCCACUGCCGAAGGGUGAGGUGCACAAGAAGAAGGAGGUGGUGCAGGAUGUGACACUGCACGAUCUGGAUGCGGCCAACGCACGACCGCAGGGCGGUCAGGAUGUGCUGUCGAUCGUGGGCCAGAUGAUGAAACCGAAGAAGACGGAAAUCACGGACAAGCUGCGCACGGAAAUCAACAAAGUGGUGAACAAGUACAUCGAUCAGGGAAUUGCCGAGCUGGUGCCGGGCGUGCUGUUCAUCGACGAGGUGCACAUGCUCGAUCUGGAGUGCUUCACGUACUUGCACAAAUCGCUCGAAUCGGCCAUCGCACCGAUUGUGAUCUUUGCCACGAAUCGGGGCCGUUGUGUGAUACGCGGUACGGACGAUAUCGUUUCGCCGCACGGCAUUCCGUUGGAUUUGUUGGACCGUUUACUGAUCGUCCGUACGUCACCGUACAACAUGGGCGAGAUGGAACAAAUCAUACGGCUGCGAGCCCAAACCGAGGGACUGAAUGUGGAGGAUGCGGCCAUCCAGGCGUUGAGCGAAAUCGGGUCGAACACGACGCUCCGGUACGCGGUGCAGCUGCUAACGCCGGCCAACCAAACGAGCAAGGUGAAUGGGCGCACGCAGAUCACCAAAGACGAUAUUAUGGAUGUGCAUUCGCUGUUUUUGGAUGCGAAGCGAUCGGCCAAGUAUUUGCAGGAGGAAAACACCAAGUACAUGCUGUAAGAGCGUAGCGGGGAAUCCAUCUCCACAAAAUAACUCUUUUCCACACUUACAUACACAAAUACACUGAUCAGAUUAUUGUCAAGCAUAAAUAAAACAACAAAGCGUUCCGUACAAAUUUAAA